AUGGACAGGCUUGUGAACAGGAUGAUGGUCGCUCUAGAUGGGAACGGUGACAUAUGGCAAGAGUUCAAUGAUCCGCCUCCAAAUCCUAUUCACAGUGCUGGCUUUUGGGCCUGGCAAACCACAUGCUGGAUCUUCUACGGCUUGGUUUCCCUUGUCUUCGUACCGUGGGCCCUGGCAAUGCACCUCGUCUUCUUGGUGCUACUCACCAUUAGUGGAUGUAUGCCUUUCUGGUGGAGGAACGGUCGGAAACCCUUCGUCUUCCUCUACGUCCUGACGGUGAUGUUACCGGGCAAAUAUCUCUGGUAUAACAUCUUCAGGGAUAAUCGGAGGAGAGGGAAGGUGUGGGAUUUUGAGAUGGCCAAGCCGCGGCCAAUACCGCUUCAAAAAAGACGUAGGCUGAGCGAUGGAGGACUGCUCCAGCCACAAGAAAUCUCUCCAUUCUUGACCAAAUUGCCUGCCGAGAUCCGUCUGAGGAUCUACAGCUAUGUUAUCGUGGGUAAAGCAGACUUUCUUAGCAUCAUGGAGACACAACCUCUGAAGAAGAGAGAGACUGUAAGAAGGAGACCCAUGGCCGUUCCUUGCUCUAUCUAUGACAGUGACAAUGAAUGGGAGGACAAUAAUAUCGAAAGAAAUAUCAGAGGCCUUCAUCAAAACCCGAGAACUCGCCCGGCUACGAGCCAGCUAGCUAUGGGUCUUCCGCUUCUCCGAACCUGCAAGCAAGUCUAUAACGAAGCAAUCGACCUAUUCUACAGCCUACCAGUGUUUAACUUCAAAGAUCUUCACAAACCACCAUUCUUCAUUCAGACGGUAUUGCCUCAACGCCUGGCCAAUAUUCGUUCCGUCCAUAUCGUUUACGAUCAGGCUCACGUUGUGAAACCCAACCAUGUGGCAUGUGGCACUGCCAAAUUUCACCACAAGAUUGGCGAAUGCAAGUUCUGUAAUCCAAUACAAUGGCUCAAUGGCAUCAGGGAGCACAUGGUCAAUCUCAGGUUUUUUGAAGCAUACCUUUUCCUCAAGAAAGAACAGCGCCUGCCGAAUAUGGGAGACACCUGGAUACAUAGACUGCUUGACUUGCAGGUGGGCCCGAAUGGACUACGACAAAUGAAGAUAGAUGUGUCACCGAAACAAGCAGACGAUGACAUUGCCUUUAUGGCUUUGAUCGACGAAGACGAGUACGUGAAGAAAGUGAGGCGGCUGGACGAUCAAUUGCAGCAGAAGCUGAAAGCCGGCAUUGAGAGGUACGUUGCUAGUCAACAAAAGCCUCAGGAUACUGUGGAAGAGACAAGACAGCCAUCGUUGACGAUCGAGCCCCCUCCAGAGGCACAUACCCGGAAUUCUCAUAACGAUGACACGCAGAAUACAGGCAUUGGGUGA